AUGCGCGCCUCCGCCACGCUCUACGACUAUUUCGAGAGCAAAGACUACAAGAACCCAACCGACGCCCACGACGCACCUUUUCAAUUCGCCUACAGCACACCCGAUCACUACUUCGACUGGCUCGCCAAACAUCCCGCCGACCAAGCAGCCUUCAACUCCGUCGUGACCAUAAGCCGUCAAGUCCGCAGCGAAGAAUGGUUCAGCUACUACCCUGUCGCGUAUGAAGACGAGCGAAUGCUCAGCAAGAGUGAUUAG